AUGAAUUUUCCUGAAAAAGAAUUCCGACUAGUAAUUGAACAUUUGGUCAAGCCGUUCAAAGAAAAAGGUUUUACUUGUGCAAUGAUUGAUAAAGAAGCAGAUAUCAAGAAAAUUAUUCCGAUGAUUUCUUGCGGCACACGAAUGGUUUUUGUUAAUUAUUGGUAUUAUGAUAUACGAGUUUCGACGAAUGUCAAGAGACGAGGAAAUGAGAUUAUAUUGACAAUGGAAGUUAUUAUGGCACGGUCGAUUCUGGCCGGAAGUUCAAACGUAGGUUCCAGUCAUUUCCCGACCGUUUCCUGCAAACUUCGAGCUGGAAACGGCCAGGAACUGAUCGCGAUAUUUCCUGUGCAAUUCCGGCCGGAAUCCGGCGGCAAGGAACCUGUCGGAACUUGCUGGAAUCGGCGAAAACUGUGCCGGAAUCGAGAAGAGCUGUUUUAUGACGAGGUAGAAUUCGGCAAGCGAUUUGGUCAUUUUAUCAAUACAGUAAUCAUGAAAAUCAAGAACUUUCGAAAAAGCCAUCCCGAUCCAACGUGCAAUGAAAUCCAUUCACUCCCAUCACAAUGUGAGAGUGAGAACGAUGAUCAUCAUCGUUCAUUAUCUCCCAAAAGACAACAUCUAUUAAACGAUCCACAGUUUCAAAAGAUCUUAGCUGAUCUCAAAUUAUCGCCAGCAACAUCCGAUAAUAAACCAUGA